UUAAAAAAUACGUUUCAGUAUUGUCACAAUAUUCAAAGAUUUCUGAAGUAUUCAUCGUAGAAAUAUAGUCGUUUUUCUAAAGAAAAGUACAAGUAAUUCACCAUUUACCACAAGAACAUCACAACUUAAAGACAAGAUUAAGCAUGUUCUACAAACGAAUAAAAGACUAUAUACUUCUAUGUAUGCUUAUUACCUUCUUAACUAUUUCAAUAUCUAAAGCGAAAUACUCUAAAUGCAAUAUUGGAGCUUGCGAACGAUGUGUGUUAAGUGAACAAAUUUCUAUGAAUGAAUGUUGUUCCAAUCCUUCAAUUCAUGAUGUCUGUAAUUUUUGUGAUCAAAACUCUGAAACAGAAGUCGAUAUAUCUGAUUGUCUUUCGACCUAUUUUCGAAUUAUGUUAAAAAGACGAGGAAUGAUUGGCAAACGUCGAGGUUUUAUGGGUUAAUUUCAAUGAAGUCAUAUAAAGAAUAGAAAGAACUACUUUUAAAGAGAGAGAAAAAGUUCUAUAUUAUUGAACAGUUUAUAUACAUAAUACAUGUAAUUCAUUUUAUCACCUUUUAUCAAUUAAAAAUUAGUUAUAAAAUGAAACAUUUCAAAUGUAAAAAAGAAUAAAGUUUUUGAAUAAAA